GCCGCUGAGCGACUGGAGAAAGACCAAAGAGGGAGAGAGCUUAUUAAAAAAGUACCCUGAGGUACAAUUAUAGUUGCAGUCAGCUUCAAUCGAGGGUCCGAACUCUAUAUUCUGUAUAAAUUAACGCAAACUCACUAUCGUACUUAAAUUGUUAACUCAAUUUCUGGGUACAUUUGGCUUGGUAGUGAGUAUUGAUAAAUUAGCUGGCUAGCUAGCAUAUUAGCUAGCUAGCUGGCUGGCUAGCUAGCUAAGUUAGCCGGAUAGCUUUUGGCUGUUUUUCGGUAGUUUAUAACCAAUAGUAAAACGCUGCGAAAACAUCUUGGAUGCAUGUUAUUUGCUGUUUAACGGAGCGCUAUAAAAAAAAGGAUAGACGAGGAAUUGGAUUUCUUGAUUUUAGUUGAAAAUAAGCUAGCUAACUGACAUCGUUGGUUUGGUUAAGUGUUUAGCUAACCUGCUUGGAGGCUCGUUUACGCUAUUCUCAAACGUUUCGCCAGGACUGCCGCAGCCAAUUCACAACCUGGAAAGUGACCAAACUAACCUGGCUGUCUAACCUUAGACCGAAUAUUAAACAUCUACCAGACCCACGUUCUGCUGAAUUGCCUGAGCACGCUCCAGUGACGACCAGAAGUUAAUGUAGAUAGCCUAGCUAGCUAGCCAGUUGUAGCAUCGGGAGAGAGAAGCCGGGUGUUUUUUUUUGUUGUUGUUGUUGUUGUUUUUUUUUACAUUUAAUUUUUUUUUGUCUAGAAUCGGGUGCUUCAAGUAUUUAAUACGGAAGCCAUACUUUGGUUUGGCCUCCUGCCUCAGUCAUGGAAAAAGAUGCCUGUAUAGAGGAUCAGGAAAAUGGAGAUAAAACAGUGAAGGAUUCUGUAGUAACCUCUGCCUACCGAUACACCAAGGAGGAGCUUUUGGAAAUCAAACAGUUACCAAUCUCUAAUGAAAGACCGGAGUGUCUGUCCGAGAAAUAUGACAGUGAUGGGGUGUGGGACCCAGAAAAAUGGCAUGCUUCCCUGUACCCAUCAGAGUGCAGCUCUCCAGUGGAGGGAUACAAAAGAGACUAUGCUGAGGAUAGGGCUCCACUGAAACGCAGAAUUGCAGACCCACGAGAGCGUCUAAAAGAAGAUGAUUUGGAGGUGGUUCUUAGUCCACAGCGCCGUAGUUUUGGAAGUGGCUGCCAAGUGGCACCUGCUGCCUUGACUCGGCGUCCCAUCAGCCCCUUGGAGAAUAAAGAAAAUGAGUCGCUACGCCUGGGAGGCACACGCCGUAUUGGAAGUGGCCGCAUAAUGGCGACACGUGGCUUCGAGAGGGAUGCUCGGGUGGAGAAGGAAAGGGAACGAGAGAGAGAGCGUGACUUUAAGGACAAGAGAUUUAGGAGAGACUUUGGUGACAAAAGAGUGUUUAGUGAGAGGAGAAGAAAUGACUCUUAUGUUGAGGAAGAGCCAGAGUGGUUUUCUGGUGGACCUACCAGUCAGUCAGAGACCAUUGAACUCAUUGGCUUUGAUGAGAAGAUCCUGGAGGAUGACAAGCGGAAGUCAAAGCGCUCCAGGAAGAGGGCCGAAUCUGUGAAAGAAGCUGAGUGCAACGGUGGUCUUUCUGAGGAGCCACGGGUGGUCCAAGAGACAGGAGCUGAUCAGGAGGUUCCUCACUCAGUUCUUCCUGAGCAAACACCUGGAGAGUUUGACUUCAAUGAGUUUUUCAAUCUGGAGAAAACAAUGCCUGGCCUGGCAUCGAUGAUUGAAGAUGUGCUUGGUGAAGGGCCAGUCACUGCCAGCCGUUUCAGCCGCUGGUUCUCUAGUAAUCAGAGUCCCUCUGGUAGUCGUUCUAGCAGCCUGCGUUCCACCCCACACGAAGAGCUGGAGAAACUAGCAGGUAUAGACCCCCCUGGUAGUUCACCUAGCCAGGGUCCUUCAGCCUAUUUUACCCCCAUUCCUUCCGAGGAGCGAAAAGAGAAGGUGGAUAUCUUGGAGCUGCUCCACAAAGCCAAGGUUGACCUUAAGCCUCUUCUCUCCAGCUUGAAUGCCAACAAGGCCCGUCUGAAGGAGAGCACUAACUCUGGGGCGGUGCUAUCACUAGAGGAGGUGGAGAGUGGUUUGAAGGGGCUGAAGUUUCACACUGAGCGGCCCCAGCCAUCUUCACGGCAGCUGCAGAGUCAGGGCGGAGGCACGCCUUUCAUGGCUGAGCACCUGGAAGAGGCGCUUACUGGAGGCUCAGGUGUCGCGCAGCGUUCACGCGAUCCUGAUAUGUCUGCCUUCAACAAGUUGGUCAGCAGCAUGAAGGCAAGUGGGACUCUACCUACCCACCCCAAGGCCAGCGGGAACAGCCUGCAGCAGUCGUCAGAGCCUGCGACCUUGAGCCCCUUACCUGAGACUACGGUACCUGCCACACAGCAGAAAAACAUAUUCCAGGAGCUGUUAGGUGUUCAGGGUGCUCCACGGGCAGGCUCCCCACUUCUGAGUGGACUGUUGCGAAGUUCUGAUGCCCCACCUGUUUCUGGCCUAAUGGCCCAGCGUGGCUCUUCACCCCCUCUUUUCCCACAGAGGGCUCCUGUUCAGGACUUCUACACAGGUUGCAUGCCACCAGGAACAGGCUUCCCUGUUGGUCCACAGCAGAUGCUUGGGGAACAGAUUCCUGAGAUGCACCGGCCAAGAAGUCCUGUACCAACUCCACAACAGAUGAGAAUGCUGUCAAUGGGAGUAGACCAGGCAGAAUUGGAUGCCUUAAUGUUUCAGCAGGAUUUAGCAGUACAAGCUCGCCAUCAGUAUCAACAAGGCUACAAUAAGCAUGGUCAUGAUAAGGCCUACCGGAACAGACAGCCACGGAUGAUCCGGUCCCCUGGCCCCCACCUGCCUGGCAGGAAUUCACCUGUUGGUGCAGUGACCAGUAUGCUGUCCCCAUCCUUUACUCCUACCUCAGUGAUAAAAAAGAUGUACGAGUCAAAAGAGAAGAGUAGAGAUGAGCCAACAAGCAGACCUGGAAGCAAAGAGGACACUGCUAACUCGCAGGAAGGCACUCCCUCCCCCAGCUCCUUCCUUGAGGGUGUAGACAACAGUGGGUCUCAGACAAGUGGGGUAAAGGUCUGCUCCACCCCGGUCUCUGCCCAGAAUCGUUCUAAAGAGUCAGAGAGACCCAGGCCCAGCUCCAGCACUGGGCACCACACUCCUGCUAUACUGUCCCCGGGUGCCUCUUCCACCUUCCCCAGGCCCAUUUACCCAGUGCCCCUGUUGUCUCAUGUCCCACUGGUGAGACCGCCACCACCACAGCUGCAUCCCAGUGUGGUACAAAGGAUGCUAGCACAAGGUAUACAGCCCCAGCAGCUUGGACCUGCAUUGUUACAAACAGGAAUAUUCCCCCAAACUGUGGAUCUGUCCCAACUGCAAGGUCUGUCCCCUGCAAUCCUAGGCCAGCCUCUGUAUCCACUGGGCACUACAGGUCACCCCCUCAUCCCCCCCCGACCUGCUGGGACACACAUGCAAUUAGCAGUCAUGCAGCAACAGAGACCGAAUGUGCACACAGGACUAACAGGAACCCCUCAGUCACAAGGCCAUGGCACGCAUCGGACAAACCACUCCCAGAGGAGAGUGGGGAGUCCACCUCUAGGCCUGGCCAAGUGGUUUGGCUCUGAUGUGCUGCAGCAACCCCUCCCUUCUAUGCCCUCAACUAAAGUAAUCAGUGUUGACGAACUGGAGUUCCGCCAGUGACAUCCCGCAGCCAGUCGGCAGAGUAAAGACCGACCGCUCUUCCCCAUUGCCUUGUGUAAUUUGAAAAAUGUGAACUUUAAUUUCUACGAUAAUGUACAGAUGACAGAGCUCUGCGUGUUUUACAUGCUCUGUCAUAAGCUUUGCAGAUGCUCAUAGUUGUUAAAAAGGCCUGAAAGGGGGGGAAAAAGGCAAGUUCUGGACUUUUUUUGUCCUGUUGCUAUUGUCAAGUACUGUAGUGAAUUAUCUUUUUUGGGGUGUUUUUUUUGUACUUUUUCAGUUAGGUAAAUGAUGUAUAGGCCAGAAUUGUACAGACUAUGGGAUUUGGAUUAGAAUUUUUUUUUUUUUUUUUUUUUUUUUUUUUUUUUUUUUUUUUUUUUUUUUUUGGCCCCCCUCUUUCUUCCUUCUCCCACCUCUUUUUUUUUGUUUUGCAGUGGGGAAGGCUUGCGGUGAGGGUUGCUAAGGGAAUUUUUUGGGGGGGGGGUUGUUGUUUUUUUUUUUUUGUUUUUUUUUUUUUUUUUUUUUUUUUUUGUUUUUUGUUUAGCUGACCGUGUUUCACAAGUAGUGGGAUUCCACGUUUCCCACCCUGGACUGUGAGAACAGGCUGCACUACUGAUUACUUGUUCAUUGGACUGGAGAUGCCUACAUGUUUAGGAGCAAUGCUUCCCUGAUCCAAAAGCCCAAUCUCUCGCUGGACAAGAGUAGCUGGACCCUGCUAGAACUGAGUGUAAAGGGGCUGCAGUAUGGAUGUGCCCCCGUCCUUCUGUUUUCCCCUCCCUCUUACCCCUCUCCCCUAGGAUGUUUUCGUUACUGAAAGAAAAGCACUGCUCUUGAUCACAUUUGUUUUAGGGUGGCAGGGGAUCAAUUAAAGGAAAUGUGCUAUUAAUUUAAAAAUAAGCACAAAUGGAAUUAAAAUGUUCAAUAAAAAAUUCACAAUUUC